AUGACCAUCUACCACGGCUUCUUCAAGUCCACCCCGACCCGGCCCACCCCGCCGCCGGCGCGGGUAGCUGUGCAGGUCGCAGCUCUCGCAGGCAACGCCUCUGUCGAGAUCCAGUGCAAUGCGGCCUUGAGUGAUCACCAGCGGCCGACCAUCGUGGUGCCCAGUCUGCCUCCGACAGCAGGCUUUCCUCUCUCCUGGGCAACGGAAGUGGAUGGCAUCGUCUAUGCCAGCGGCAUGCAGGGUUUCAACGCCAGUGGACACAUCGUCGAAGGCGGGAUCAAGGCGGAAACCACACAGGCGCUGCAGAACCUCAACGAGAUCCUGAAGUCCUCCGCGUCCGACGCGGGAAGUGUGGUGGGUUGCAGUGUCUGGCUCACCGACAUGGGCGACUUCGCAGAGAUGAACGAGGCCUACAAGGCCUUCUGGCCUGCCACCUCCCCCAUGGGCGGCCUGCCCACUCGCGUCUGCGUAGAGGCAGCCGCUUUGGCCGGCAAUGCCAAGGUAGAGAUUCAGUGCACCGCUGUCGCACGCCAGGAUCCGCAUCAUCAGGGCCCACCUCAGGCGAUCAAGGUUCCUGGGUGGCCCGAGAUGGCGGGCUUCCCGUUCUCCGCGGCGGCCACCAUUGACAACCUGGCCUUCAUCAGCGGGAACCAAGGUGUUGACAUGUCCACCUCCAAGCUUGUCGAGGGCGGGGCUGGGCCUGAGACGACGCAGACGUUGAAGGACAUUCAGGCCGCCGCGGAAGCUGCAGGAACAGGGCUCGCUGAUGUGGUCGGCUGCGAAGUCUCCUUGACAGACAUGAAGGACUUCGCGGCCGUGAACAAGGCCUACGCAGACUUCUGGCCGUCUUCACCCCCCAGCCGGGUGGCCGUGCAGGUCGGAAAGCUUGCCCGUGGCGCUUCGGUGGAGAUACGUUGCCUCGCGGCGAUCCCUGCAAAACAGGACGCGGUUGAGCUGGUCGUCUAG